AUGCUGCGCGCAGGCGCGGAGACGCAGCAGCUGCGGGGGUCCCUCGUCAACCUGCUCGCGACGCAGGAGGACGCGGCGUACGCAUUCGUGCACUCCCCCUACAGCCUCGUCGAAACCCCCCUGGUGGCGUUCGCGUUCGAGGACCGGCUGCUGUGGGACGACCUCUGCAGCGUCUGUCACGGCGUCGCGGUGUCAGACGAGCACCUCUUCCGGUCGCUGAUGCGGUCGGGCGUCGCCGCGGCCGUCGCGGUGACCCGCACCAAGCGGCCGCGCAACGGGCAGCGCCGGGAGAAGGUGCGCCAGGUCGUGCGGUUCCUCGAGGCCCUGCCCCCGGCGACGGUGGUGCUGCACUUGGACGCCAGCGACACUGCGGUCCUGGGCACGCCCGAGGAGAUCCUCGCGGCGUUCCGCAGCAUGGCGGCGGACAUCGUGCUGGCGACGGAGUUCAAUUUGUUCCCGGACAAGGGCGACGCGAUCAGGAAGCACAUGGAGGACCGGCUGGGGGGCCGCAGUGGCGCGCCCUUCAUCAACGCAGGAACCGUGAUCGGAUACGCCGGCGCGCUGCUGGGCAUGUACCGCCGGAUGGCCGCAGACGACUUCUCCUACCUGCGGCACACGACGUUCGACACCGAGUUUUCGGUGGGCAGGAUAUUUGACGCCCCUUUUUCGGAACAAAGGGGAGUCUAUAACUACUUUUUCAACCACGAAAAGGACCCCGUGCAGGUCGCGGGGGCGGCCGCAGAGGCAGCGGCGCGCAGCGGGCACCUCGAGCCCGCGCACGUGCGGCUCGAUUACGACCAGAAGUUGUUCGGAACACUGUACAAGGCAGGGGAGACUCCCAGGGUCUCUGCCGAGGAGGCGAAGGUGGUUUGCAGGGACGAGGGCGGCGGCGUGGAGUGCACGAACGUGCUGACGGGCGCGCACCCGCUGGUGUGGCACGGGCAGGGGAAGGGGCGAUACGAGCUGGCGUACCUGCUGGCGCGCCACGGCAUCAUGCUGCCGCAGCACGCCAAGGGGCUGUGGUACCAGUGCGCCGCGCCUGGGACCGCCGGCAUGCCGCCGCUGCCUGGCGACGACGUGGGCCCGGUGGCGGUGUAG